CUGAUGGGUGAUGCAGUGCAAAACAUCUGGAGGGCACCAGGUGAGUGUGGAGGGGGAAGGCUGCUCUGCCCUUUCAGUGGCUCCCAAGAGCAGUUCUGUGCUCGGAAUGGCUUUGCCACGGAGGACAGUUACGCAGCUGUGGUUUGGGAGCCCAGUUCCUCCUUGAUCCCUGCAUGCUUCCUCCUCUGGUUUCUUAGUGGUGGAAGAAACACACGGCCCUCCGUAUGCUUUUGAACCACAACCCACACCACCCCCAGCGACUGAUCAUGCUGCCUUGAGCUGCUGGGGGAGUCCAACCACAUUAUUAUUAUUUUAUUUUUAUAUCUAUAGCCUGUCUUUUUCAGGGACUUGAGGCGGCUUACGGAUCAAAUAGAAACAGUUAAAAACAUAGGAAAACAACAGCAAUACCUUUAUAGAACUAAAAUGAUAUCUAAGUAUAAAUGAUGGAUUAAAAGCGUCCAGAUAAUUACAAUAAAAACAGCACGGUGAAGCAUCUGGUCGGCCACAGAUUGACCUGUAAAUCAACCAUUUCCUGUAGCAAUGCUUGGCCACAGCUGCAGAACCCUGGCGGCUUGCCUUGUAUUCAGGUCCGUUGGUCACAAGCUGCGGACAGACAGAGCAGCCGAAAAUAAAGUCAUUGUGCAAGGCCCGGCUGCUGUUCUUGCUCAUCCGGCGCUGAAUGACUUGGUUUUGCAUGAACAGCAGAGGUCUCAGUUCACUAAGGCACUAAGUUUUGCUCAGCCACACAGCUCCGAGUGAGGAUUAAGGCGUUCAAAUCCGAGUCCUCAGGGAAAAAAGGUGGGAUUGAAGAAUGGAUUUAAAAGAAGAGAUAGAAAUGGGAACCUGCCAAGAGAGCAAUGCUCUGCCUCCACGGCCAGAGGCAGUAAAUCAACUGAAUGCUGGGAGCUGGAAACCACCGGCAGUGGAGGGGAGAACGCUCUUGUGUUUGAAUUCUGCUUGUGGGUUUCCCUUGGAGGAUAUGAACGGCCUGGAAGAAGGCUUGGAGUUCCUCCCCACAAUGAACGCCAAGAAGGUGGAGAAGAGGGGUCCCAAGCGCUGCAUAGUGGCGUUAGCCAUCGUCCUGGUCUGCCUCCUCCUCUCCCUGCUUGCCGGGUUCCUGGUUUGGCACUUUAGAUACAGGAAUGCCCAUGUGCAGAAAGUCUACAAUGGCCACCUGAGACUGGUGGGGGGCCACUUCAUCGAUGCUUACGAGAAUUCCAGCUCCCCUGAAUUCGCUGACUUGGCCAGGGAGGUGAAGAAAAUGCUCAUAAACAUCUAUAAAAAUAAUCAGGAUGUCAGUCCUUUCCACAAGGAAACUCAAAUCGUCGCAUUCAGCGAGGGCAGCAUUAUUGCCUACUACUGGUCAGAGUUCAGUGUCCCUAAACACAAUGUGGAAGCCCUUGACAAGGCCAUGGCCAACAUCCAGGCUUCAAAUCAAGCGGGGAUGAAACAGAGGGGGAGCUAUGAAAUGCGAGUUGAGACGGUCGUUGCUUUCCCUUCUGAUCCAGAUAUCAUCAAGGCAAAACGGGACAACAGCUGCAACUAUGCCCUGCAUGCGAAAGAGGGUGUGGUCACCAGCUUCACCACGCCCGGCUUCCCAAACAGCGCCUACCCGUCCAACACGCGAUGCCUCUGGGUCCUGAGAGCCGACGCAGAUUCCGUCAUCAGCCUGACCUUCACGACGUUCGACUUGGAGCCCUGCAACGUGGGGAACGACUUUGUCAAGGUGUAUGACACGCUGAGCCCCGUCGAAGCCCGGGCGCUGGUGAAGCUGUGUGGCAGCUAUGGACCAUCCUACAAUCUGACCUUUGUCUCCUCUACAAAUGUUCUCCUGGUCAUGCUGAUCACAGAUGCCACGGAGCGGUAUCCCGGGUUCAAGGCAGAGUUCUUCCAGAUGCCAAAGAAAAAAAGUUGUGGCGCAGAUUUGACGGGAGCAUCCGGAACCUUCUCCUCCCCUUAUUACCCAGCCCACUAUCCUCCCGGUACAGAUUGUGUCUGGAAUAUAGUGGUCCCCACGGAGAAGAGAGCGAAGGUGCGCUUCAACAACUUCUUCCUUGCCGAGCCUGGGACCCCACUCAAUUCCUGCCCCAAAGACUAUGUGGAAGUCAACAACGUCAAGUACUGUGGCGAGAAGAAUCAAUUUGUGGUAUUGAGCAAAACCAAUAAGAUUUCCGUCCGUUUCCAUUCGGAUCUUUCGUUUGUAGACAGCGGCUUUUCGGCAGAGUUCAUGUCAUACCAAUCCAACGACCCCUGUCCAGGCAAAUUUGCCUGCAACACCGGCCGCUGUAUCGCCAAGACGCUGCGCUGCGAUGGCUACAAUGAUUGCACGGAUGCCAGCGACGAGAAAAACUGCACUUGCAGCGAGAAGCAGUUCAGAUGCCGGAACGGUUAUUGCAAGCCGAAAUUAUGGUUCUGCGACGGCAUGGACGACUGCGGGGACGGCAGCGAUGAGGCCGAGUGCAAAUGUCCGGCAAAUAACAUCCGGUGCGGCAAUGGCAACUGCAUCCCGGAGAGCAAGAAAUGCGAUGGCAAGGAUGACUGCGGUGACGGCAGCGACGAGGGGAGCUGUGGCCGUGCGGACACCGUCUCCUGCAAAACGUACACCUACAAGUGCCGCAACAACCAGUGCUUGAGCAAGAAGAACCCGGAAUGUGAUGGGAUUAAGGACUGCAGUGAUAACUCGGACGAGGACAGUUGCAACUGCGGCAAGCGCUUCUACAGCAAGCAGUCACGGAUUGUUGGUGGGGAGGACUCCGACCAGGGCGAGUGGCCGUGGCAGGUCAGCUUCCACACCAAGGACACUGGUCAUUUCUGCGGGGCCUCCUUGAUCUCUCAGAAUUGGGUGGUGUCUGCUGCGCAUUGCUUCCAGGAUGACUGGAAGAGGCAUUUGGACCACAGGACGAUAACAGCCUACAUGGGGCUUCUCGACCAGGGGGACAGGAGCAACAGCAACGUUCAGCAGCGGGGCCUGAAGAGGGUCAUCCGCCACCCGUACUUCAAUGACGCCAGCUACGACAACGACAUUGCUGUAGCAGAGCUGGCCAGCCCGGUCGAGUUCAACAAAUACAUCCAGCCUAUCUGCUUGCCUGAUGUCACCCAUGACUUCCCCGUUGGCAAAUCCCUCUGGGUGACGGGAUGGGGAGCCACUCAAGAGUCAGGAAACGGGGCCAGCAUCUUGCAGAAGCUGGAAAUCCGUGUCAUCAACCAGACCGUGUGCAAGUCCCUGAUGGUGCCCAAUGACGUGACGGAGCGCAUGAUGUGUGUCGGGGUCCUCACAGGCGGGAAAGAUGCCUGCCAGGGAGACUCCGGUGGGCCACUGGUCAGCUUGGAGGCCAACAACACAUUGUUCCUGGCUGGUGUGGUCAGCUGGGGGGAAGGCUGUGCCCAGAGGAACAAGCCAGGAAUGUACACUCGUGUUUCGGCACUGCGGGCCUGGAUCAAAGAGAACACUGGCGUGUAGGUGGCUGCGGCCACUGGGACGGUUCAUACGACUCUCCUUUUUUCUCUGGGUCUAUCAAGCUUGCAGCUGAAGACAUUCCCCUGUGAUAUGGAGGGGGUUCUGCAAAUCUUGUUCGCUCCUCUAAUUCCUUCUCGCCCCCCCCCCAAAUGAAACCAGUGACACUCCUGGAUUCACUGUAUGCGGCCAAUUGGAUGGGCAGUUGCCACUUUGAGAGCUCCCCUCUGCUGCUCAUGCUCUUCGGCUCCAGAGACUUUCUGAAAUAAGUUUAAUGUGAACCUGCUUUAAAUCUGCAAGGGAGCUGGUACCUCCAGUGCAGGCCGCCUGAGGCAGGGGCCCGGUAGGUGCGGUACCCCUAAAUGACCACUAGUUGGCAGCAUGAGGGCCAAGUAGCCUUAAGUGAACACCAAGUGGGCACUUUGUGUGUGUGUGUGUGUGUGUGUGUGUGAGAGAGAGAGAGAGAGAGAGAGAGAGAGAGAGAGAGAGAGGAUAAAAUGACGUGUCGUUCUGUGUUUUUAGGACCCAUCUGGUCUGCUGUAGCAUGUGUGAUGUCUUCCCUUUUCUCCUCUUCUCCCCCCAUUCCCGAAAAACCCCACCAGGAUUCCCGCUGUGAAUAGGAUAGUUCCCAGAAAGUUGUUUGUUUUUCAAAGCAGCUGAUAGAUCGGAGAGGUUGCCUGUCUUCUGUGCUCUUUCCCCAGACUUCAAACACACCCAGAUAUAUUAAUAUUGCAGGCCGGUGUAUUUAUCCAUCACCCCCUGCCAGAUAAGACAUUUGUUAACAACACCCCAUCUCCCAAAGGUGGCUGGUUUGAUGGAAAAAUGCCUUGGCUAAUAGGAUCAAAUCUGCUAUUUCAUCUUGGUAUUGUGUCGCCUCCCCCGAAAAGGUGUGCUUGAUAUUACGACAUUAAGUGCAGAGUUAACUGCAAAGUUCUCCAGUUAUAAAGGUAACUGAGAUAUAAAUGGGUGGUCUUACCUCCAUCCAGUCCUUUCCCGUCUGCCAAGUUUUAAUUUCCUUGUUGCAGUAGGUUGUCUAUUCAGGCAGGCUGCCUUCUGCACCUGAAGCCCCAUCACAGGUCCCAUAAAAUGUGUUCAGGGGCUUAGGAUUAGGGUAUCCAGCACCUGCCCCAUUAAGCUUUGCCUACCUGGGGCACACCUUAGACUUCAUUCCCUGCCUGCCUGCCUUGAGCUCAUUGUGUCUCUUUCCUCACCUGACUCCCUGGGAUAAUGGCUCUGGCUGCAGAUGUCUCUGCCCAUCGGCUAGUUAAAAGGUAUAUAUAUCUUUGGGUCAGUACUAUUCCCCCCCCCCCAACAUCCUGCAAUACUGUUUCUUCUCCUUGCAAGUUUAUGUAACUGACACCGCCUUGACUUCUACCUUGUCUAAACCUGCACUGAUGACUUUGACGCGGAAAGCCUAAAACGAAAGAUGAGACUGUUGGGCUCCUCCUACGGAAGACCUGUUGGAACAUCUCGCAGCCCUAAGUGGGCAGCAAUAGCUCCGAAAAUAUCACAAGGGGGAUCCUCUCUUGCAAAGCAGUUGCUUUUUGCAAAGGUUAAAAACAUCCCUGUUCUAACUGAGGGUGCAGGUGUUGAGAGUGAAUAGAAAGGAGUCUCAGACCUCAAUAUUUCAGAUAUUGGCUUUUUUUAAGAACCGAGGGGCAUUGUCUGUGUCUCAGAAUCCUGUAUCCCCCCCUUGAGCAAGAAGGAUUCUAAACCAGGUGACUGCUGGGACAUGCAGGAAGUUCCAGGUGUCCUGAUCCUGCACUGCUGGAUCCCAAGAAUGACCUUCUGGGACUUGUAGCCUCCCUCCACUGGGUUAUUCUCAAGGAUCCAGCUGGUGCAAUACACUCAGACACUAUAGUUCAGUGUUUCUCAACCAGUGUGCCUCCAGAUGUUUUGGGACUACAACUCCCAUCAUUCCUGACCACUGGUCUUGCUAGCUAGGGAUGAUGGGAGUUGUGUAGUUUUGUGGGGAAGCUGUGGCCUUCCAGAUGUUGCCGAAGGACUCCAACUCGGCCCCAGCAGGGCCAGUGGUUGGGGAUGAUGGGAGUUGGGUCCAUCAGCACCCAAGAGAGCCAUACCUUCUCCACCUCUGCCUUAGGAGAACAUUCUGAGUCUGGGUUUUGUGAAGGGUUGGGGGGGAAGAUACUGGCUUCACUUUUCAGUUCACCCCCCUGCUUUGUUUUCCUUUUAAAAUAGGGUGGAUGUCGGUAGAGCCAUAGAGUGUGUGCGAAAGUGAGAGAGAACCCAUUUGUAUGCGUGCAUGAAUGAGAUUUUUCUGGCCUGUUAUGGGUCAGAAUGGCAUUGCCAAUAUGUGCCUUAAAUGUAUAUCGUUGUUUAAUGUACGGAUCUCGGCAUGUGAUGCUGAAGUUUCGUUUCUGUUUUUGGUGUCGGUGGGUGACUGUAGGGGGUCCUUUUUUCUGUCUGCGGGUGCUGUAUAGCAAUGCAGAGAACACCUUUUAACAUGGUGGAACCCCUGAUUGUGUAGCAGCAGUACGGAGCAAAGGAUAUUGGGGUGGGGGCCAUGUGCCCUGCACAUUUAAACCGGCGUCUUUCCACUUUGAACAUUCAUGGCUCCCCACAAAGGAUCCUGGGAGCUGUAGUUUGUUAAGGGGGCAGCGCGGUGUUUGGAGACCCCCCUGUUCUCCCUCCAGAGCUACAUCCCUCUGGGAAUUCCAGCUCUAUGAGGGGAGAAUAGGGAUCUCAUAACAGCUCUGCCCCCUGAACAAAUGGCCGUUUCCGGUUUUUAUGGGGAAGAAGCCAUGACUCUUUAAAAGUGGUACAUAGUUCCUUGAAUGUGUGGGGCAGGUGGGGCCUUGGGUAAUAAGCACACAAAAGUAGAGAUAGAUAUGGGGAGAGGAAUAUAGAGGACGCUAUAGGGAGAGACUGUCUUUCUCUACACUCCCUAAGCAGGUUUCCCCUUUUUUGUGCCUAAUUGUGUUUUUGUUUUGUUUUUAUAAUGAUAAAAUGUUUUCUCUAUGAACCUCUGCUAUACUCGCUCCAUAUAUCUGGUAUUUCGCCCAUUGUUGGUCUAGCUUAUAGAUGUGGAAAAAAUAAGCAGGGAACAAAAAAGGAGUAGUUUUCUAAAAUAGGAAAAGUGUCUAUUUGCAUUUUCAAAAGGGUAUUUAAUAAUCUAGGAAAUGCACCGGUGAUUUCCAUUUUUUGCAAAAUGAAGCCACAAGAAGGGACAGAUAAGGGGACCCCCCCCCCCGCCAAUAAUUUAUCUUUUAUUUUUUUAAAGACAAUGUAGAAUUAUUUUUAAAUGAGUUGACUUUCAACUUUCUGUUGUUUAUGUAAAUAUUGUACCUUUUAAAAAGAAAAUAACACUGUAAAUACAUCUAAAUGGAAACGUGACACCCUUUUUGCUGUUGAAGGUCUGAACUGAGAUUGUUAUGUCUGGUGAUUUUUAAUCUGCAUUAAAACCCAACUUUUUUUGUACAGAAUGUUAGUCUCGUUUGAUAACAUCAAAAGGUGUUGAAGUGUUUGUAACAAAAAGGAUCUCAAUACAGUACAUUGCCCUUUCCUUUCCUUUUUUUUAAAAGCAGAACUUUUUAAAUGCGAGAAUGGGAAUCAGAGAAGUGGGAGAGAAACCUCAAAGGUCAUUUAGCUCAACCCCCUGGUUUAGGGACCUAUAUUUGUUGACCAUGGUGGUUUGUCACUGUGAGGGCGGAGUGCUGGACCAGAUGAGGAUUUGGCCUGAUCCAGCAGGCUAUUUUUAUGAUCAUACAAGAAUAAUGAUUAAACGUUAAGGGGGGAAAACAAUAAUCUAUCCUGCUGGUGCUUCCCCCUCCAGCAGAUGGCGCUGUGGUCUUGCACAAAGCUAGGAAACCACCACAGCUUGUUAUAAUAAGGAUAGCAAUUGAAGCAAAGGAUUUCUGCAUGAAAGACCCAUCCCAUCGUGGAGUUAGCUGAGCUGCCUG